AGCGCCCGGCCCGGCCCGGCCCGGCCCGGCCCAGCCCGGCUCGGCUCGGCUCGGCCCGGCCCCAGCCGCCGCCGCACCAUGCCGCAUCCCUCGGCGCCCCUCGGGGCCGCCCUGCUGCUCGUGCUGCUGGCGGCAGACUCCUCGCAGACCGUGCUGCUGCGCGCCCCGGAGGCUGCCCAGUUCCUGAGGCAGAGGCAUCGGCGAGCCUACCAGAUCUUCGAGGAGACCAAGCAGGGGCACCUGGAGAGGGAGUGCGUGGAGGAGCACUGCAGCAAGGAGGAGGCCCGGGAGGUGUUUGAGAACGACCCCGAGACGGAAUAUUUUUACCCGAAAUACUUGGCUUGUAUUCAGAAAUAUGGGUCGCCGUAUACAAGGAGUCCUGAUUUCCUUACAUGCGUUCAUAAUUUGCCAAACCAGUGUUCUCCUGAUCCUUGUCACAAAGAGGGGACUGUCAAAUGCGAAGAUCUCAAGGGGGACUUCUAUUGUGAAUGCAAGCAUGGCUGGCAGGGAAAAACAUGUGAAAAAGAUAUUGAUGAAUGCAGAACACAGAAUGGUGGCUGUAACCAGCUCUGCCUCAACAAGCUUGGCAGCUACCGUUGUUCAUGCCUCAGUGGUUACACUCUUAAAGACAGCAAAACCUGUGAAGACAUAGAUGAAUGCACAGCAUCAGCAGACAUCUGUGGAGAAGCUCAUUGUAAAAAUUUAAUAAGUUCAUACGAAUGUCUUUGUGAUGAAGGCUACAAGUAUGAUGAUGUGAAAAAGACUUGUCAAGAUAUAAAUGAAUGUGAAGAGAAGCUCUGUGAACAGACCUGUGUCAACUUGCCAGGAAGUUAUACCUGUCAUUGUGAUGGCAGAGGGGGAGUAAAACUUUCCCAGGACAUGAAUACCUGUGAGAACAUAAUACCAUGUGUGCCAUUUGCUGCUGGAAAAAGUGCUAAAUCUAUGUACCUGGGGAGGAUGUUCAGCGGCGCUCCUGUCAUCAGGCUGCGCUUCAAAAGGAAACAACUGACGAGACUUGUGGCUGAGUUCGACUUUAGAACCUUUGAUCCUGAAGGUAUCCUUUUCUUUGCUGGAGGCCAUCAAGACAGCACAUGGGUAGUGUUGGCUUUGCGCAAAGGACGGCUAGAACUGCAGCUGAAAUACAAUGGGAUAGGCCGCGUGACCAGCAGUGGACCAGUUAUCAACCAUGGCAUGUGGCAAACGAUCUCUGUUGAAGAACUCGAAAGAAGUUUGGUUAUAAAGGUCAACAGGGAUGCAGUUAUGAAAAUAGCUGUCUCAGGGGAUCUGUUUACUCUAGAAAAAGGGCUGUAUCAGCUGAAUUUGACAGUAGGAGGCAUUCCUUUCAAAACAAAGGACCUUAUUCUACCGAUAAACCCUCGGCUGGAUGGUUGCAUGCAGGCAUGGAACUGGCUGAAUGGGGAGGACUUCACUAUCCUAGAGACCAUAAAGAUGAAUGAAAAGAUGCAGUGCUUUUCUGUAGCAGGACGAGGGUCUUUCUAUCCUGGCCGAGGUUUUGCUGUGUUUAAUCUUACUUACGUGCAACCGAUUUCAGGAAAUGAAACCAAGACAAGUUGGGAAAUAGAAGUAAAUGCUGUGAUUCAACCAGCAACAGACACGGGUGUGCUGUUCGCUCUUGUUACAGAAGAAGCAUCUGUCCCUUUAUCGCUGGCUCUGGUUGACUAUCACUCCACAAAGAAACUGAAACAACAGUAUAUCAUUGUGGCCUUGGAGAAUACAGUUGUGUCCAGACUGGCAAUAAAUCUUUGUGAUAAGAAGGAACACUCUGUGGACAUCUUCAUCAAGAAAGAUCACUUAUCCCUGAGGGUAGAUGGGAUAGCAGGAGAGGGUGAACUAAGCAUCUCUGAGUUAGAGGAUAGUCUAUCCAUCUUGGAGAACUCUUUGCAAUCAACAGUGAAGACAUACUUGGGAGGAUUGCCAGGUAAUAUUUAUACCACUGGGGGAAGGAGCCUGUAAAAAAGGCUUCUGAGUCUUUUUUCUUUUAAUUAUUUUUGGUAGUAUCUUACAUAUCCUUCUGAAAGCCCACACAUGUAACAGCAAUCUGCAUGAUUCCUUAGGUUAGUGUUCAAGCCAACACUUCAACUUCUUCUGAGUCAAAAUUGAGUUUACAUUCAUGCGAGUACUCUAACAGAGAUGUCCCCUUCUCCUAAGCAGACUUCACAGAUGAAAUUUGGUAAAAGGGGAGGAAUAAGAAAUGGCUGAAAUGACUAGUUUAAGCAGCUACCAAGCAAUGGUACUUUUCAGCCAUCAAGCUGGAACAUGUGUAGUAUUUGUGGCUUAUGGAUCCCACGCAAUUUUCAUUCUCUCACUCAGUCCUAGGGUCUGCCUGAGCUGUGUUCGAUCACAUCAGCUUCAAACUUGGCCCUGCAUGUCUCGCAGCAGAGCCCUUUAAAUUGCACACAAUCUCAGGUCAAUAGGACAAUCUAUUGUUCCAGUUGUCCUUGCUUCAGGGUAAAGAUAAGGGGUUUACUUAGCUACCUGCAUCACUGUGAAGUUAAAUAACCUUUGAGAUGUUCAUUGGUUUCCAUUGCACAACCAGCUUGAUUGGGUUGGGUUUGGGUUGUAAAUAAACUAAUAACCUUUGGGGAAGGGUAGAGGACACAGUUCUUGUAAAUUUUCAUGUUACUAUGUUACUGUGUGGGGUUUUUUAUUUCUUUAAAUUCAAUGUGAAUAUGACAUUACAGGAGUUGGUAAUAAGAUUUACUAAUUUCCUCUAGUCUGUUGGAUUGUAUUUAAUGUCUUCCUUCCUAUUUGUUUUUCUGCCUUGGGUAAACUGAUUAAAAGUAUGUCACUGGUGGAUCUCUUUAGCAAAAAUUAGUCUCAUUAGUCUUACCAACUCAACUGAUGUAUUCCAGCACCUUUCUGAUGAAUGCGAGAAACCUCCUUGUGCUGAUACACAGCAUAAUCGCAGUAAAGAUGAGUCUGCUGAGUGGUAGAGGGAAAAGCCUUCCUGUCAUGAAGUUCUUCCAAUAAUUUUCUGGCAGGUAUUUUGGAGAGAUAGAGAGAGGAUUAGGAGAAGAUAUAACAACUGCACUGAUGACAAAGAAAAGGACCCAGAGAUGGAGGGGGGAGAAACAUCGAGACGACAGAAAGCAUGGGGAACAGAGUGUGCAACUGGAGUGAAGCCUUGCUGCAGUGCAGCACAUAGUUUUAUCAGGACUAGAGGACUUACAGAGACACAGAGCAGCUGCGGAAGGCUUCAUCCUGGGAGAAGGGCUUUUGAGCACGACAGCAGAUGACAUUUCCACACGUCUGGCAAUGUGCUCUUGCCUUUUAGUGAGAGGGACGGCGGGGAAGUAGAAAUCCCAGAGUGGAGGAGAGCUUGAAACCAUUCAAGUGACAGUCACCUGAGCAUGGGUAGGGCAGGUAUUUAUUCAAAAGCAGCCAUCAGAGAUGCGUGUCUUCCCUUUC